AGGUGAUUGUGUUCAAGAGAUAUAGUGAAAUUCGAGCAUUGUAUAAAGACUUGAAGAUUAUUUAUGAAAGUAAAAAUGUUGAGAAGAAAAAAUUUCCACGUUUUGCUAAAGGACAUUAUUUUGGUAAAAAAAUAUAAAUUUAGAAUACUAAACUGGUAAAUGUCCACAAAUAACAAUUAUUGAAUGAGAUUGAACACAAUAUGAAGAAUUAUCAAGCCCGAAGUUUGCUGUUAUCAACCGAAGGCUGAGGUUGAUAAUGGCAAACUGAGGGCUUGAUUGAUAAUUCUUCAUAUUGUGCGAAAACCGAAUUCAAUAAUUGUUUUAUUAUUUAUUUAAAAAAUUCAAAACAAACGAUCAUCCAUUUGUUCGUCUGUGUUAAUCAGCCAAACAAGAAUUAGGAAAAGUGUUCUUACCUAUUUUAGAAGCUUUUGUUGAUCUUUUUGUAUUUAAAGAAUCUUUAUCUUCCAGUAAUUUUUGAAUUUCGGCUUCGCCAAGGUUGGCAAACCGUUCAGUGGAAGAAGCCAUUUGUAAUUUAUUUGUAUUAAGAAAAAAACAAUUCCUUAGUCCUUUGGCAGCCGUCAUUGUCGUCAUAUCAAUGGAGUCAGCGAGUCAAUAUGAUUCUCGUCGUCAUAGUAAUAUGACACAAACACGUCCAAAUUUUUUUCAUAUUGACUCUUUGACGUCAUUUUGCUAAUAUGAAUGUGAAAAAUCCAUGUUUGGUUAGCCAAUGAGUUGAUAUGACAAUUUCACAGUUGGCUGUUAGCCAAUCAGAAACCAAGAAUUUUUUAAAUAAAUAAUAAUCAUAAUUAUUAUAAGGUAUCCAGAACUGCCUCACAGUUUACCUCAGGUUUUUAAUUUAAAUUUAACUGAACUUGGCAGCUCUGGGUAACUAAUCUCAACUCUAAUAUUCAUCUAACCCAAUUCUGAAUAAUCAUCUUUUAAAUAUCCUUUAAAAUAACCUUAAUCCUUAUCUAAUUAACCUUAAUUCUUAUCUAACCUUAAUUUUCAUUAUCUAAUUCCUAAGUCCUUAUCUAACCUUAAUCCUUAUCUAACCCUAAUCCUUAUCUAGCCUUAAUCCUUAUCUAACCUUAAUCCUUAUCUAACCUUAAUCCUUAUCUAACCCUAAUCCUUAUCUAAUCCUUAUCUAACCUUAAUCCUUAUCUAACCUUAAUCCUUAUCUAACCCUAAUCCUUAUCUAACCCUAAUCCUUAUCUAACCUUAAUCCUUAUCUAACCUUAAUCCUUAUCUAACCUUAAUCCUUAUCUAACCUUAAUCCUUAUCUAACCUUAAUCCUUAUUUAACCUUAAUCCUUAUCUAACCUUAAUCCUUAUCUAACCUUAAUCCUUAUCUAACCUUAAUCCUUAUCUAACCUUAAUCCUUAUCAGAUCGAUUUGAUGAGUCAGUGAUAGAAGAAAGACAGAAACAAGCUUUGUCAUUGCUCUUGUUUGCUGGAAAUAUUUCAUUUCUUUUCACAAGUCAACCUUUUGUGAAAUUCUUUGAGGUAAUCCAUUAUUUGAUGUUUGCCACCACAAUUUAUUGAGGAUACCAUUUUUGCUAGCACAAUGUUUUGUUUUGUGACACUUGACAUAUGGCAACAGCAGUACAAUCCAGUCUGUGACAAUCAAAUGUUCUUUUCUUGUCAGUGAGUAAAAAUAGACAGAUGACAUCUUUCUGAGCAAAGCUACAAACCAACUAAAACAGCCCUAUUUAUAUGUUGCAAUAUGUACAUGUUGACCAAUUAACCUUGAGCCCCAAGGUGAAAGAUGUAACAAUAGACAUGUUAACUUCUUUUUGUGCACACAUGAAUGUUAAUUUUCAUGUCCUAGGGAGGUGUUGAACAUUCAAGCAGAGGUUCCUCAUGCAGUGACACAGAACAAGCCACAACAGACACAACCAGUGAAGCAUGGGACGAUACAAGCAAUGAACCUUGGAUGCCAGAGAUGUAUUUCAGUGAGAAACAAGACAGCUCAGAUGAUGAGACUAUUUAUGAAAUAAAUAGAGAUUUAUCAAAUAAUGAAUUGUCACUCAACAUUAAUGAAACCUCAGAUGAUAAAACAUGGCUAUCUCGUGCAAUGUCAUUGUGUAGCGAAGGUGAUGAUAUUGAAACGUUGGCAUCUGAGGCAGGAUGCAUUCCUAAUAAUGUGAAAGAUCAUAUUCUUGAUGAUGACAUCAUCAAACCUGACAAUCAACCAAGUCAAGGAAGUGUGGAUAUGUUGCCAACUUUACUUGAAAGCGAUAAUGAAGGCGAAGAUGAACAAGACGUUUUUGUGGAAAUUAUUUCUCCAAGAAAUAUCAGCGAUUCUGAGAAUAAUUCUCCAAGAAAUUCUGAGGAAAUUACUUCUCCAGGAAAGUUAGAAAAUAGUGAAGAGGUAUCAGGAUCUUGUUUAAGAGAAAAAAUGGAUUUUUCACUAUCACAACCAUUAGACUCCCAGAGUAUUUCAUCAGGUCAAGACAGUGUAGAUAAUGAUACAGAAGAUAUCACAAUGGAUAAAGAUUUAGUUAGUUCAACAAUGAAAUUAGAUAAUAGGAGGGAUGGUGAAGAUAACGAAACCACAAAUAAAGAAGAUGAUUGUGCGGUGAACAAAACUAGUUCAACAGGAGGUACAAAACCAGCUCACAGACAAGUUAGUCGUGCAGUAUCAAAUAUCGCGGUGUCGUGGAUAGACCCAAAGAAGAAAGAUUAUUUAUAUCAAGCAGCCCAGAUUAUUCAACAAGCUCUAUAUUGUGAAGCUAAUGAGAUGUAUGAAGACGCGUUCAAUAAAUACAAGAUAUGUGUUGGAAUAUUGCUUAAUGGUGUACAACGUAAGUUUAACUUUUUAUCUUUUUAAACACUCAUUGUUAAUUUCCCUAUUUUAGAAUAAAUUGUCCAGAUAACAAUCCACUGCCUAUAGUGCGCUCAGAACUGUCCCAACGCUAACGCAGGCGAGAAUCUGCUACAAAAAACGCGCUUUUCAAGACAUUAUCAACAAACUGUUUGAAGCUGAGGCUAAAGCAAAAUUGUACAAUGCAUUUAAGAUACCUGGAACGCAAAUGAAACGCAUUUUGGAACCCAUCAAAUACGCAUUCAACAUGCGUAUUAAACACAAAUGGAACGCGUACCCAGUGUUUAAGAAGCAACCCUUUUCUUGAAGUUAGUUCUGUAGUGACUUGUGUAUUUUUCUAGAUGACGGUGAUGGUAAACGUCGUGAGGCAGUGAGACGUAAGACAGCGCAAUACUUGGUGAAAGCUGAGUUUUUGUUCAAUACAUAUCUCAAACAUGACGACAAUGACAUGAAGGAUUGGUCAGUCAAGCCUCAAAAUUCUUCUCAUGACGUCACAGAUCGAAACAUCGUUGAUCGACAGUUCGGUCACGUGACUUUGGCAAGUCUAAAAGUUAUUGGUGUCAUUGACAAGGUGAGUAAUACAGAUUUACUUUGUGAGAUGAAAACUGUCUUUCGAAAUGGUAUUUUCUCUUUCUCUAGAAUAUGUUGGUUCAAUGUGAAGGAUUAGAAGGUGUAUAUGUCAUCAAGGUAUGAUUCACCAUUAUCUUGGAAGUUCAUCCAUAUUGGACUUUUUAUCUAUUCAACAAUCAAUGAAGUCGCACGUAAGUUGUUCAUCUCCAUCUUUUAAGGCGUUAUAUAAAACCAACGCAGUACAUCGGAGUAGCAGGCAAGAAAAUAAACAAACCAAUAAAAGUUUCUACAAAAAAUAUGUAAGUACUUGAUGUUGUUAACUUUAAAGUGCAUAUGACACGAAAUUUCACCCCAAAUGUUUCUGAUUGCAUUGUAAAGAUCCCUUAAAAUGACUUAAUAAUUUCUUUUAUAGAAUUUUGGUAACUUGCUUCCUUUGCAAGAUAUUCAACUUUGUUUCCUAUGCAAAUAUCACCGGUGUGACAUCACAUCGCAUAAUGGCAUUUUGAAAACGCAAUAUUUUACCUUGAUAAAACAUUUUUACAAACAAAUACAGAGGGUUAAUUACCAGUUAUGAAAUUAAUACAUAUACAAGGACAAUUUUUAAGUUUUUUAGAUACGUAUUCGUCAAGAAAACUAUACGCUUCUGAAAACUCAUUAUGUGAUGUGAUGUCACACCGGUGAUAUUUGCAUAUGAAACAAAGUUGAAUAUCUUGAAAAGGGAGCAAGUUACCAAAAUUCUAUAAAAAAAAUUAUUAAGUCAUUUUAAGUGGUCUUUACAAUGCGACCAUAAACAUUUUGGGUUAAAUUUCGUGUCAUGGCACUUUAAGGAGACUAGCUUUUAACAGACUAGUUAUUCUUCCUGACGCCAAAAUUAAACUAUAUGAAUAGAUACUAUUGACCCUACCAAGGUAACGUAUCAUUUAGUAAACGUUUAAAAUAAUCUAUUUUGUCUAGGUGAGAUCUACACGCAUGGUGAAGUUACAUCGUCAUUUUGACACCAACGACAGUAUUUUCUUACUACUAGAAUACGCUGCAGGAGGAUGUUUAUGGAAUCAUGUGAAAACUUUUAGACAGCACUUUUCUAAGAGUCAAGACGCCUCUGGUUUGCCCGAUGAGAAUAUUGGUUUGAGGAAUGAUACAUCCGGUCUACUUCAACCUACUUCCGAUGUACUUCAUCCUACUUCCGGUGAAUGUGAACCUCCUUCCGGCGCACUAGAAACUACUUCCAUUGAUGAAACGUUGCCCAAGACUAUAUUUGACUGCGAUGACGGCGGGAACUCUGCUAGAGAUUCAACAGAAAUUGUUGUGAAUAAAUUUAGAAGAGAAGAUAUCUUGAAUCCAUUGAAAGGUUCACGUAAUUCAGAAACGAAUAGUUUGAACUCAUCCAAUGAGUUAUGUUGCAGUAAAGACGAAAAUUCGUCGUUUAGUAACCAUAGAUCAACUAUGAAAGAAAGUAAAACUGAAACCGCUGACACUUCACAUGCCGAGCAAGCAACCUGUUUGACGGGACAGAAAACGUGUUUGAAUCAGGAUAAGGUAAAGAGAUCAUUAAAAGACGAAGACAACGAAACCGGUGAAACCUGUCCAACGAGUUGCAGUGAUGUAUUGGGUUUUCUUGAUCACGUGACAAAGGACUAUUUCGCCAUGGAUAAAUGUGUACAAUACUGGAUAGCAGAGCUACUGCUGGCCAUAAAUAGUGUUCACUCAUGUGGAAUAAUUUUAAAGUAAGUACCGUACUAGAGAUAAAUGAUCAAGUUGGGUAAAGAAAGGUAGUUCGUCUGUGUAUAAAAGGUAGGGAUAUUUCUUGCGAGACUUAUCAUAUUUUCCUCUUUACAGAGAUCUGAAGCCAUCAAAUGUGUUACUGGAUGGAAAUGGCCGUGUUAAGUUGUCGUAUUUUGGAGUCUGGGAAGAGGUUGAUCAUUCAGUAGACCCAGAGGCAGUGCAGCAGUUUUACUGUGCUCCUGGUAUGACAGAAAUAAAGCUUUCCUCUGCACUUUAUGACUUAUUGUGUUAUAGUCGUUUUACUCUUUGUAUUUCAUAUGUUGUAUUUAGAAGUUUCUCGUGGUGAAAAGAUCACAUUUUCUGCAGACUGGUGGAGUCUUGGUGUUCUCAGUUAUGAACUCAUUACUGGAAAGGUAUUAACAAACUUAAGCAACGAUUAAUCUAGUACGGGGAGAGUAGCAACAAAUGGAAUUUUCUCGAUGAUGAAUUUUCGUUACAGUCGCACUUUAAGAACUUGAACAAGCAGGAUGAAAAUGGAACGAGGAAGGAUAUUAUUAAUAUCUAUUACAGUCAAUUUCAGCUGACUUUUCAUCGUAAGAUUCCGAACUUCGUUCCGAACUUCGCAAAUUCGUUGCCAAGUUCAAAAGUUCAUAAUGAAAUUCACAAACAGGUUUGUAAACAAAGCCUCUGAUUGGCUAUUAAAUCAAACCAACCAAUCAAAUGCCCAGUUUACAAACCUGUUUGUGAAUUUCAUUAUGAACUUUUGAACUUGGCAACGAACUUGCGAAGUUCGGAACGAAGUUCGGAAUCGUACGAUGAAAAGUCAGCUGAAAUUGACUGUAAUGCAAGAAAAUGAACAGAAAUUAACAAUUCAAAUCCCACGUUUUAGACGGCGCUGUGCUCUGUUUACAACGGCAAAAUACAGCUUAUCACGUCUUGUAUAGCGUAGAUAUCAAGCUGGGACAACUGAUACUUUCAAUCGUAGAACUUUAAUCAUAACCCUGUGUUAGCCUUGAUCCUUCAAUUGUAUUAUUUCCAUACGAUGGAUAAUAGACGACAGGUUUUUUGCUGCAACCACUUGUUUAACGAGUUUAUUUACUAUCGCGUUCCCGUCCUACAUGCUUAAGGUCGCUAUUGAUUUACAAGAAACAAUGGGUACGAGUCGAACUGACAUUGUCAGCAUCCAGUUGAAAUCGAAAUCUUGUAUUUGUGUGAGACCAUAUCUGUGAGAGACGUCACAUAAAUAAUAUCUUGUGUGAUGGUGGGUGUUUGCUGUGGUAAUGUGGUGAGAAUUCAGAAGCAAAUCAUUUUCUCUUUACAGACAUUAUGUUCCACUCAUCCAUGGGGUAUCUAUCCACAUUCAUCGAUAAUCUUCCCGUCUCAAGAUAUAUCAACGGAGGCUCGAUCAUUUUUGUCUGGAGUAUGUAGAAUGUUUGGUUUAUUUUGAAAACACUAUGUAAACAUCUUAUUAAUCAUACAUUUCUGUUUUUCAGGUUAUUUGUCAUAACUCUAGAGAAAGAUUAGGUAAGUUUGCUCGAUUUGUUGGGUGAUUUUAGAUCUAAUUCAUGAUAUUCGAGCAAUUACGCUUCAACAAUCGAUUUUAAUGAAAGUUUUUCUGUUGUUAAUUUCAUUCCUGUAGGCAGUGCCAUGGAUGGUGUGGAAGGCAUCAAGUCUCACGCGUUUUUUCAAGGAGUAGACUGGAACGAACUAGCAAAAUCCAGUUGACGUCAGACUGGUAACGCAUGCAACAUGUGAUAGGGUACACACGUUAAAACUCAUUUUGUUUCAGCUCUGCAAAGAUGUUGUAACAAGGUUGUUGUCGCUAGCCGAUAUCAGGAUGUGUUCGCACUGCUUGUUCCCAGUUGUUGUGACAAGUCUGAAACAAGUUGUUAUCACCUAGCUUGUUACAAAGUUGAUGACGAUAACAGAGUUGCUACAAGUUGUUCCAACAAGACUAAUAUACAGGCUGUUCUUGACAAGUUGCUACGAGCUUGUUGUCAUCAACUUGUUAACACCUUGUUACGUGCAGACGAUAUUAGACUUAUUGGAACAACUUGUUGCGAAUCUGUUGGCCUCAUUAACCUUGUUGCAAGAUGAUAACAACUUGUUGCAGACUUGUUAGCAACUGCAAAUACAUCUUGUUGACAAGUAGUGAGGUUUUUACGCGUGCAGUAGGAGAUUUUUGUGGUAUAUAUAUACAUUGAUUGGUCCAGCAGCGUUCAGAUAAUGAACAAUAGUGCAAGUGCAAUUUACUUCAAAUUUUAUAUUGUGUAUACACAUAAAUUGUAAAUAAAACUAAAUUUCUUUUUAUCUUAAAUAAUGCAUGUUUAAAACUUUUAAUGUUUUAUAUAAAGAGACAUCUCAACUCUGACAAGUGCGUUUGAACAUGUUAUGGUUCUUUCAGCUGCAGUAUUAUUUUGUUUGAGUUUUCUCUCAGAGUUCUGAAGUAAAACAAAGAUAAAGUUAUGAAUAGGAGAAAAAGAUCUUAAUUAAGAUAAUGAAUCGCUAAUAAGAUAAUGAAUUGCUAAUAAGAUUUGUUCUAUAUCAAUGUUAAUUACGUUAAGUUUGUUUUUCAAGCGCGCAGGCUACCUGUUCGACAGGUGUUGUUUUUAACUAAACAAUAAAUUUGAUUGUCAAGUAUUUAUGAUAUUUUAAACUAAUCUAAACAUGAUAUUUUACACGAAACACGCAUAAAUUCACACUAAAGUAGAACUAAAUGACAGACUGGCCUCUCAAAAAAAUUUUUGGUACUUUUUACCAAAUGUCGUG